CUUCCCUCCCUCCCUCCGCCGCUGAGGAGGCGCCUGAGCGCGGCGGCAUCUUCCCUCGUCUCAUCGGAGGGAGGAGGAGGAGGAGCCGCCGCCGCUUGCGGGGAAGAAGUAAGCCACUAAUUAUGUGAAAAUGACUCCAGCAUCCUCCUAUAAUGCUCUUCAGCAUUGAAGGUAGUUCUUGCAUUGUUUCCAUGAUCUGAAACACUUGAUUGCCUUCAAAAGGGGGACACAAGGACAAAUCCAUAUGGACGAUGACUCUCCUCCUUCUCAAGGAGUCCGUGUCAAGGUCUUGGAGGCAACAUUAUUGUCAGCCCUGAAGAUGCUGGAUGUUGGGAAAUGGCCAAUUUUUUCUCUCUGUUCCCAGGAAGAGCUCAAGUUAAUUCGUCAAGCCUGUGUAUUUGGCAGUGCUGGUAAUGAAGUCUUGUAUGCAACUGAAAAUGAUGAGGUUUUUGUGCUUGGCAUGAACUGCAGUGGGUGUUUGGGAACAGGUGACAUGCAGAGCACUAUUGAACCAAGGAGGUUAGAUUCUCUAUGUGGCAAAAAGAUAGCCUGUCUGAGUUAUGGAAGUGGCCCUCAUGUUGUUCUUGCUACAGAAGAAGGAGAAGUGUAUACAUGGGGUCAUAAUGCUUAUAGUCAGUUGGGCAAUGGUACAACAAAUCAUGGUUUCAUUCCAUGUCAAGUCUCUACUAACUUGGUGAACAAGAAAGUCAUUGAAGUUGCCUGUGGCUCUCAUCAUUCUAUGGUCUUAACAUCUGAUGGAGAGGUAUACACAUGGGGUUAUAAUAACUCAGGCCAAGUUGGAUCUGGUUCAACAGCUAAUCAACCAAUUCCUCGAAGAGUUACCAGCUGCCUACAAAAUAAAAUAGUAGUUAAUAUAGCUUGUGGACAGAUGUGCUCUAUGGCUGUGGUGGAAAAUGGAGAGGUCUAUGUCUGGGGUUACAAUGGUAAUGGCCAGCUUGGACUGGGCAGCAGCGGCAAUCAGCCAACACCAUGCCGAAUAGCAGCAUUGCAAGGCAUUCGUGUACAGCGGGUUGCCUGUGGCUAUGCGCAUACGUUAGUGCUAACAGAUGAAGGUCAGAUUUAUGCCUGGGGAGCCAAUUCAUAUGGCCAGUUAGGCACUGGGAAUAAAAGUAACCAGUCUUAUCCUACAACAGUUAUUGUGGAUAAGGACAGAGUUAUAGAGAUUGCAGCCUGCCACUCUGCUCACACGUCGGCUGCCAAGACCCAGAGCGGCCAGGUGUACAUGUGGGGCCAAUGCCGUGGGCAGUCGGUGAUCCUUCCCCACCUCACUCACUUUGCCUGCACUGACGAUGUGUUUGCUUGCUUUGCUACCCCUGCUGUUAUGUGGCGUCUUCUAUCAGUAGAGCCUGAUGACCAUCUAACAGUAGCCCAGUCACUAAAGAAGGAAUUUGACAACCCUGAAACUGCAGACCUGAAAUUUCUAGUGGAUGGAAAAUACAUUCAUGUUCAUAAAGUUCUUCUCAAAAUCAGGUGUGAACAUUUUCGUUCCAUACUGAAUAAUGAUGAUGAAAUUAUAGAAAUGAGUGAAUUUUCUUAUCCUGUUUACCGAGCCUUCCUGGAAUACCUGUAUACAGACAACAUUAGGCUCCCUCCUGAAGAUGCAAUAGGACUGCUAGAUUUGGCAACACUGUAUAGAGAAAACAGAUUGAAAAAGCUUUGCCAGCAAACGAUCAAACAAGGCAUUUGUGAAGAGAAUGCCAUUGCUCUUCUUUCUGCCGCUGUCAAAUAUGAAGCUCAGGACUUGGAAGAAUUUUGCUUCAGAUUUUGCAUAAACCAUUUAACUGUUGUUACACAAACUCAAGGCUUUGCAGAAAUGGACCACGACCUCCUGAAAAACUUCAUUAGCAAAGCAAGCAGAGUGGGAGCAUUCCGAAAUUGAGGUCUGACUACCAUCAAGCUGAAGAGCACGUCCUCUUCCCUCCUGAAAAUACUUCUGCUUUGGAGAACUUACUUAUCCAUGGUCAGAAUGUGCAAAGGUUUGGAAAGAAAGUGUCCAUCAGUUUAGGAAAUGUGUAGAAGUCUGCUAAUAUACAGGUUUUGUAAAGAUGGCUACAGCACAGAUGUGUGGUGAGAGUUCAUUGCCAACAGUCAGAAUUUAACAAGAAAAAUCCAAUGCAGUAACUACCCUUGCCCACUUAAAGUCAAGCAAACUAAGCUAUCAUUAUCUUGUCUGUCUGGUUUGAGGGUUUUUUCUUGGUGUGGUUUUUUUUUUGUGGUUUUUUGUUUUUUUUUUUAAACAACCUGCAUUUGGGACAGUGGCCUGUUUGCUGCUAAAACUUUCAUAGUAUACUUUUAUCACCAAAGUUAGUAUGUCAUAGUCGGCUGCUUUGUGCCUGGUUUACCACCCAGUGAAGAUACAAACUUGUUUUUCUGAACAUGCGAUGAAUUAAUAAAUUCUUUAGGAUGAGAGGCUUUCCGAUUGGUAGGAGGAGGAUAUGUCUCACUUGGUGUUUAUUUGGAGUAUAAAUACAUAAGCCCUGAAGAGCUUCAGCUGGAUGUUACAGGUUUGAGUUCCUGGCACUUAGGUCCAUUGUUCUAGACAGAAUGAAAAAAAAAAAAUCUUCCUUUCCAUUACACCCAGCACCUUCCCUGGCACCCCAGUGGGCCAGGAAGCAUUCACAGUAUUUGUCUGGGCAUGAAUUAUUGUGCUGUGUGUUUUGGUACUCAGAAAACCAUCUGAUUGCUUGUUACCAAGAAAAAGAAAACCAAACAAAAUCUCAAGGAAAGGGAAGUUCCACUUGAGGCUUGUUUAUUCCUGUCUUAGUAUCUAUCCAUAGAUAGAUCACCUUAAGAAAAAUGGAGAAAAAGAUAGUUUUGAAGUGAUAAAAAUGGGUCUUACCAUUAAAUCAUGGGAGUGAAACUCACAUUAUUUUUCCAUGUGGCAAUAGUACCUCUUGUCCAAAUGCACUGUUUCAGGUUCUCCUUUGGUCAGUGCUGCGAGGUGACCACACCACUUACUUACCUUACACGCCUGGUUUAGGUGAGAGGAGUUGCCCUCUGGACAUGCCUCCCUCUCAUCACUGACCAUCGAGGGGAUGGGAUGGGCUGAGGUAGAGUAGAUGCUUAAUUUCUAACUAACUGACUUAAGUGAGGUAAGAUGAAACCCCACCCAGUGUUGCACAGAGAGGUUUGCCCUGUUACAAAAGAUGCUGAGCUCAUGAAGCAUUUAGUUUCUAACAGGCAACUCUGAAUUAGCCCUGAGAAAUUAUUUCUCGUAAAAUUUUGAGUGGGUGAUGUGGCUUUAAGUGCCUUUUGUAGUAUUGUACAAAUGGUGAAGGCAAGAAGCUAGAUUGUCAGGCUCAGUACGCUAAUAUCAUUAGUCAUGCAACCUUCCUUCAGAUCCUUGCUGUGCCACAGAAUCCUUCGAUGGCUUUUUCUAAUCCUCAAAUGCGGUUUCUAAGAACCUAAUUCCCUUAAAUGAUUGCAGCCUCAUUUCCUCAUUUCUAAAGUAGAAAUAACUGUUCCUUGUUAUACUGGAGGAUCAUUUCUCAAACAAUCCUGUUCCUUGAGGAGGAAGAAAAGGAGAAGCACAUCCUCAGAGAAGACGAGAAGCAGUGAGUAGUGUCUCUCUUCACAGCAGUCCCUGUGGGUGCAAGUGGAAGGAUGAGGCAUGCAGACAGUAGAAUUUACUUAGGAGAAGGGCCAUAAGCAAGUUAUUUUGGAAAAUGCUGUUUGGGGCAUUUGCCUUAGACUCACUAGAACUAUAUCAGAUCAUCUACUGCUAACAAGCAUGUUCUGCCACCUCAGUGAUUAGUACAACUUACUUUCUCCAGCAGCAUAAGUCCAUACUUCAGCAGCUGUACCAGUGUUUUGUAUUCAAACAGAACUGGUCAAAAACUUUACAUAAGGCAGUUCAGUUUCAUCAAAACCAGACCUUUCCUGGGGGGAGAAGAUCAGUUUUGAUAAGUUUGUGUUGAAAAGCACGUGACUGAGGCACACUGAGGCUAAUGCAGACAGUAAACCAGUAUCAUGGUAGGGCACAACUGUACCACUCGCCUAAGCUGGCUCAAGUGCAAAACACAGUAGUUCAACAACUACCGUAGUCAAAAUGGCAUGCUUUCUUAGCAAGGUAUUUUUGGCUUAAUAUAACCAAUAGCGCCAUUUUUUUUUCAAUUUGUUUCCUUCCUGCUCAUGAUUUCCAACCCUACUAUACACAUUAAAGCCUAGUUACAAUUUCAGAGUAACUGACAAAGCCUGUAAUUUUGAGAAAAAGCAUCUCUGGACUGAAUGAGGGCGACUCUAAAGCUCCAGUGUGUCAGCGCUGGCUUUUACUCAUGCAGUAUGUAUCAUCUGACCUGGAUGUGACAGUAUUACAUUCAUAGAGGAGACAUUUAUUUAUUUAAUUUUUUAAACUUUCUUUGCAUGCACUUUCCUUGGCACUCAAAGGUCAAUGUUUAAAAAAACCAUACUGGCUUAAGGUGGUUAAAUGUGGAUAUGCUUGAAACCUGAUCAUUGGAUAUUUUAGAAGAAAGUAGGGAUGCAUUUUACCAUUAUGAGAUGGUCUGCAAGAAACUUAUGUUUGUGGAUCUUGCAGGUUAAACACUUAAUGAAGUAUUUAAGUAUGUAAAUAAUGUUCUGUUUUAGGACACCACAGACAAAAAGGUUAUCUGUUAAGAAGUGAAAAUAAAGUCAAGCAUAAACUGUAUCUGGGGUUUAAAUAAAGAGGGAUGCUCCACUUCACAGAAAGGGAAUGAGGCGGGUAACUUUCUGAAUCAAAUGGAAUGUGAAA